AUGGUGCUCCUCAAAAAGUAUUGGGUCUUGCUGGCUCUCGUGUUGGUACAGUCCGCUCUUGCCAUCGACCAGUCGGGCUGGAACAACAAGGAACGAGCUGUGUGGUCAGCCGCACAGAGACACCUUGACACGGCCUACCUGAUGAUGGACAGGCGUUUUCGUUCUCCGUACGUCUUCAACGCUCCCGUGUCAAGGGAAGAAAUCGAAGAUGCCUGGGUAUACGCAGGUCGAGAUCAUGCCGGACCGAUUUACAAAGGCUACCAUGUAGAUAGCAGAAAGUCGGUCUAUGUGCUUACCAAGCUACCAAGCAGCCAUCAGCUUGUCGAUAAAUGGGGUCUCAACGAGGAUGGCAUCGACAAGGACGCCUUCCUAUUCUGGAAGGUCAAGAAAGACGGAGGCAGGAUCGCGCACAAGCUCUUGGGUGUCGAAGUCAUGGCCUCUGGCGCCGUGACUGGUCAACGAUACAGGCUUCAUGAUAUCUUGAGCGAGGCUCACAGUCUGUGA